AUGACCGAACUGGUCGUUUCAUCAAAUUGUAUCGAUGAACCGGGUUAUGGUGAAUUUCUGGAAAAAAUUGCAGUUGUAAUUGAAGACUGCGCUAAAUCCGGAAUGCGAUGGACAUCAAUUGUCCUGAAACAGUUGAUCAGUAGGGCGAUGAAACAUAUUUUGUGUCAUAAAAUACAAAAACAUUGUUACAAUAUUACCACAUGGAAUCCGCAGAAAGGAAUAUGCGACCUAAAUUUUCCGGCUUGUAUAAUGCGAACAUAUGCUGAAGAAUACUGUAAGGAAUUUGAAGAUGACUUAGAGUUGGAGUAUUACAUGUGCUUGUCGGGUGCAACAAAAUGUAACAACAAGAGAGAAGUAAUCAAUGAAUGUGAGAAAGAAUAUCUGGUAGAAAUCAGACGGAUCACUGGAGAGAUUGAUCGACGACGUAGUUUGGCUACCAGUAAAAAUAAAUUGGAAAAAACAAUUGGUUAA